AUGGCCGACGACGAAGUACCCACCAAGGUCGAGGAGGAGAAGAAGGUCGAGGUUGAGGUGGAUGAUACGAAAGAUGACGUGAAGACCGAGCCUGUCGAGGAGGCUUCCAGGGAGGAGGUGAUUGAGAACGACACAGAGAUCAAGGAAGACAAGCUCGAGGAAACGGAAACGACGCCAGACUCUGUUGUCGUCGAAGAUACACCAGCCCAAAGUGACGACACCGCAGCGGAUGAUGGCAAGGCCGAAACUGCUGAGAACGUCGAUGCUACAACCCAGGACGAACCUGAGAAGUCAGAUGCCAACGUCGAGAAGGAUACUGUGGAAGAGGACUCUGUAGAGCCUACAGCCGAUGAAGUCAAACCGGAGGAGUCUGAGCCCACGCCUGAACCCAAACAGGAGGCUGACACCGACGAUACUCCUCCUGCUGAGCCCGAGUCUCAGCCUGAAGAUACCGAGCAUGAAAAGUCACUCGAGGAGCUUGAAUCUGAGCUCGCGGAGCUGGAGAAAGCCGCUGCUGCCAAUGCAGAAGAUGCGCCAUCGGACGAUCUCGAGAAGGUAGACGAGACGCCGGCCGAGUCUGGAGACAAGUCCGCUCCGGCCGUCGUUGUCGAAGAGGUCAAGGACGAGCAUGAUGGACCGGCUGAGGUCAGGGAAGCGAGCCGUUCAUCGUCCUCGCUCCGUCGCGCCUCCGGCCAAACCGAGGCCCUGAUUCAAGCUGCUGCGAAGGAGGUCCUUGAGCGUCUGGAGGCACAAACGAUGGAGACCAUGCGUAACAGGUCUAAGUCACCUCGCGACUCUAUGGACUCGACGAACAACGGCACUGAGAUCCACUACGACGUGAGAUCCGACACCACUCGCCGGGAUUCCUACGAUACCAGAUCAGAAGCUACUCGUCGCGAGUCGUACGACACAAGAUCCCAGGCUAGCUAUCGUGAUAGCCCUCGCGAGAGUCGCCGAGAAAGCCGUCAGAGCCGUCGCGGCCGAUACAGCCGCCGAGACAGUGACGCUAUGCCUCCUCCCAUGCACGUCGAAGAUGGCGGGGAUAGCUCAUCGCAACACGGUGCCGACUCCGACGUUUUCAGCGAACGCAGUGCGCGAAGCUCAUUGGGUUCGUUCGACGGUGGUCACAUGGAUCAUCACCACAACAAGGAAAUGGACUGGCGUUCAUCCAAGCGCUCUUCGCGCGAGUCUGAUGUCUCCAUGUCUGAACUCUCAUAUUACGACCGUGAAGAGUUCGUCCCCACCAUUCGCGGAAGUCAGCGAAUGCCCUUCCGCACGCCCUCCGACGUCAAGGCCAUGCAAUACUCCUCUCCAGCUCAGUCCGUCAUUGGAUCUCCUCGCUCCAGCAAGCGACCACAAAUGCCAACCAUUUCCCGCCUUGGCAGCCCGUCCGCGUCCGCCCAAUACUCCCCCAAGGGCCGCACUACACCCACUCGUCUUAAGGUCAAGAAGGAACCCGCCCCUCUAGUCCUUCUCCAUGUGACCCUCCUUCCUCUCCGCUGGCAAUGGGCAGAAAUCCUUGAAGCCACACCCUCCGACAACCUUUCCGCAGAGGCCAAGAACCUUCGAGAGGCCUGGCACCACCUCCACGACCGUGUCGCCGAGACCGUCUGCGAACGCGGUAUCCUCCUUUCCCAUCCCCAGGACGAUUAUGAGAUCUUGGAAGAGCGGCUGUUGGAGGCCCUCGAUCUCCCGCUUCGCCGGAGAGCCCGCGUGCUCGAAUGUGGCCACUACAUCGGCCCGUCGAAUGAGUCGACCAUGACUGAGGAGCUCGACAGUGACGAGGAGGACUACGAUGAGGAGAUCCGGAGGAGAAAUGCCCUCGCAAAGACGCACUGGUGUCCCACAUGUCGUCACGAUAUUCGCUAUGAGUCGCUCGGCCCUGGCAAGAUCUUCCGCAUUAAGGUGUACGCAAGCAACGGUCUCAUGAGGACUGGUGCCUGGGCUGCCUGCUGGAAGGAGAUGGAGCGCGUCGACGUCGAACUCGAACCUAUCGUUACGUCCGGCGUUUUGGACGAACUGGAGCGCCUUGUGAUUGCCCAGUCUCAGCAAAUGGUCAAGCAUGAGAACCCCACAAUCCUCGAGUCGACCGAAGGCCGGGACAUGACCGACGAACACGACAUGUCGGCUUUCGACCGCGACAUGUCCCAGCAUCUCGAGCGCAGCAUGCCUGCCUUGGAGGAGCCUCCUCAGGAACCAUCCUUUGUGGGAGAGCCCAACAUGAUCGAGCCCAACUACAACGAGGAUGAGUCACAUGCCCGGGCUCCCUCGCCUGCUCCCGUCGAGGAUCAUCGCUCGCUUUCUCCUGAGCCAGUGCCCCGCCACAACGAAAGUGAAGAGCGUCGCCUUCGUGACGAAGCUCGCAUGCGUGAGAUAUACGGACAAGGCGCACCAGCACCUGAGCCGGAGCACGAAUAUCAGCAUGCGCCGGAGCCGAAGCCUCAGCCCGAAGAGUACGCGCAAACUCCGCCACCUCAACAACCUCAAGAACAGCCCCAGCAGCAUUACCAUGAGCAACCGCACCAGCAACAAGCGCCGCCGCCCCAACCCGACAACACAUUUGAUCACAGCCAGGAAAGGCAGCGAUUCCAAAACGCCGGCAUUGGGGAGUUGCUUGUCGAGGCUGCCCGCGUGUUCAUGCAAGACAAGAAGAACCUGGCCAUCGUCGUCAUGGGCUUGCUGAUGCUAUUCAUGGCCUUCAAGCCGGCGCAGCGUGAAGUGAAGGAGUGGGAUGGCAAGUUUGUCGAGCAGGUUGUGCCUGAUGUCCGCAUCGACGGAGGAUCCAAGGCCGCUGCUGAGCCGCCCAUCAUGGAGACGGUGCAGUCCGUCGUCGAGUCGCUCACCGAGUCGACGGUGUCUGCCGAGACUCCCGUCCAGGUUGUCGUCGAGCCUAGUGAAGAGGCACAGGUUGCGGAGCCUAGUCAGGAGAUGCCCGUUGCUCAGCCCACUGCCUCCGCUGAAGAGCCAUCCGAGAGCUCAGCCAGCCCCGUGGAUGGUGAGGAGGCUUCUUCCUCAUCAGUCGAGAGCUCGGAGACUUCUGUGGAUGAGGAGGAGGUCUCACCCUCAUCGGUCGAGGAUCUGGUCGAGGAGGAGCCUACGCCCUCCCCUGAACCUACUUCUAUCCCCUCUGAGGAGGUUGAGUUUCCGCAGCCUGUUGGGGUUCACCAGACCAUCACAACCAGAGAGGUCAUUCGCAUCAUGGAAACUGUGACGGAGACGGUCAAGGCUUUCGUCACUGAGACUGAGGUCGUCAAGGCACAGCCGACCUCAAGCGUUGCCUCUGAAGUGUCUCUUGAUGAUGAGGCUCAAGUUGAGGAGCAGAACGAGGAGCUGGCGUCUGAGUCUGAGGCAGAUGAGGCACAGCCCACAGAAUUCGAUGAGGCGCAAGCUACUGAGACCAAUCAGGCAGAAGCCACUGAGACUGCCGCCCCUGUUGAGGAGCCUGUUGAAAGCGCCUCUGAGGGUGAGCCAUCUGUGGAGGAGACGACUGAGCAGGAAGCUGAGACUGAGGCAGACGACCAUGACGAGCUGUGA